AUGUCAACAUCCAAUCCUACAAGAUACAACUGCCCACACACAGUGUGUAGCAACAACAAUGGACAAGGAUAUCUUAAUCUCAACUCACGUUAUGUACACGCUUAUAAAUCAAAGCACUAUUAUCUGAGUUCUGGAGUCGAAUGCGAAAGAUGCGUGAUAAACGAAACAAAGAAACCAUCAUCAUCAUCAACAUCAUCAUCAACUAUCGUCUCAAUCCCCAAGAACAAGGACAAGAACAAGGACAAGCACAAGAACAAGAACAAGAAGAAGCGUCGAUUACGUUUAAUCACAAACCCCAUUGUUGAUCGAGAGCUUAUAUUGGCCAAAAAAUCAUACAUGGCCACUGCCAUAGCUAUAUGUUUGAGCAAACAGAAUGGUGUUGAAGAGGCAGAGUCUGUAGUGGACAAGAUUCAAAACAUGAUAUCAAGUGGUGAUGUAUUGGAUGAUGGUGAUGAUGGUGAUGACGCUACCAUCCCCAAUCCAAUCACUCGACUGAAGGAAAUCAUCUUGGAUGAUAUCAAAAAGUGUUUGGACUCACCGAGCGAGAAGAGUAGUCCAAGUGCACUGCUCACGACAAUACUACUCGAGACAUUUGAUCGUGAGAUCGACCAGUCGUUGACUUCAUUGCCCAAUCUGCAACUGGCAAGAUCAAUCGCAAUGAUCGUACACGACGAGCUGGAGAGCGUCGACCGCUAUUUCUGGAGAAUGCACAACUCUAAACAAUGUACACAUGAGGAUUCAACAACUGGACGUUGCACAAGUCGUCCAAGCAAGAGAGACUUUCGGACUCAUCUGCGAUCCCUUCAUCACAGGAAACAUGUGGAGGAGACAGGCGCAACUCAAUAUGUCUUGGCAGACUGCCCUGGAUGCAUCGAUUUUCUUUCAAAGCAACAACGAGUGGACAAUGAUCAAUAUGAAGAGGAUGAUGUAGUGGACUUGGUCUAUGACAGCGAAGAAUAUGAAGACAAUGAUGAUGAUGAAGAUGGUGAUGACAAGAUGAAAGACGAUUCAUCUUCCAAAGACGUUAAAAGAAUGGUUGGUCUCUUCAGGAAGUUGGAAUCCAUCUUCCAUGCAUUUCCAAACACAGUGGAGGUCAACACAAUCAUCACGACCUUGAUGAAUGAGCGAGUGCAACAUGAAGUAGAGGUACAAACUCCAGACUUCAAUCUUCAGGAUGUAAUUAACAACAACAACAACAACACCACCGACAACAACAAUGGCAAUGACAAUGACAACGACAAAGACAACAACAACAACAAUGGCAACGACGGCAAUGACAACCAUGACAACCAUGACAACCAUGAUAACCAUGACAAUAACAACAACAACAAUAUAGAGAGUAACCAACCACCUGAUAUAAUCGAUGUCGAUCUGGAUACAUCCGACGACGCAAGCACAAUACCUGAACAACAUCCAAUCUACAAGAAGCUAAGGCGGAGACACUGA